UGCGGAGGCGCCUUAAGGGAUUGGCACAGGAAGGAAGAGGAUAAAGUGUAUCAUCCCGAUUCGUUGAAAGAAAAAUAGACGGGUCGUGAAAUAAAGUGUGAAUAAGAGAAUUCGCGAACGAAGCACGCGAAAUCGAAUCCAACUAACGGGGUCUCGCAGUUUUUACGAGCGGCAAUCCAAACUUCUAACGUCCAGGGGUCCAAGGUAGCUUCGAUAUUGCGGUAUAUUUAUCCUGUUAUGGACAUGGUGAUCUCGAAUUUGCAACAGCAACGUCAAGUGACGGAGCAGCUGCGUCGUGAAGCCGCUCUCAGGCGGAUCACGGUGAGCAAGGCCGUGGAGGAUAUGAUGAAAUACAUCACUGAACAUGAACAAGAGGACUGUCUGUUGGUGGGCUUCUCGUCGCAGAAGUCCAAUCCCUUUCGUGAGAAAAGCACGUGUGUUGUCCUUUAAACCCACGUGCUUGCAAUGAAGAAGGAUCAUCGCAUGACACGCGAAAACAUUUCAGUUCUUGUUCUCACUUGCGUGUCAAUUCAAUGCAACGACAAGCGUAUUUACUAAUGUAUCUUUUAUUAAGUAGGAUACAAGCAAUUUUCUUAUUAAAUUAUUCUAUGCGUGAACAUAGGACAAGAAAGUAAUGAUAUUUGUGACUAUUUGUUGGGAGAAAUAGCUUUUUGUCCUAAGAUUUGCUAACAUGAGUGUUUUGUGUUUACAAAGUUUCUGAAAUUACUACUGAAAUUUUAUAGAGAAUCUUAUAUGAAUCACAAAAAAGUUUAUAUCUGUCUUUUUUAUAAUUUAUAGCCUCUUUGAAAACAUUACAAUCUUGAGAUAUACUCAGAGAAAACAAUGUAUUUUUAUAUACAUAUAAAAGAGAAUACUAUUCAUAUUUAUAUACCUAUUUAAAUUGUCAGAAUGAUAGUCUGGUUGCCAAAAACAGACUCCAUAUCCAGACUAAUAUUAUUAUUUAUAGAACAUGAUAAAACAUGAUUUGUAAUAAUAAUAAUGAAGCAUUUUGACAAUUAAUCUAAGUAGGAGUAUAUGGAACAUGUGAAGAAAUUGAUACUAGCUUGUAAUUUCUGUGCUUUAGAUGAAUCUUCAUAGCAUAUAUUACACAAAUCAGUCUUAUCUCAAUGCUUUGAUGAAGUGCCUAUAUCAAAGUCCAAGACUGACAACAGUGAAGUAAUGGUUACAGAAUAAAUAUCCUUUUAUUUUUAAGAAAAAUAUAUUUGAUACACAUACAUAUUAUAAUACUUCCUGGACAAACUGUUGAAUAAAGUGUGAAACAUGUAAAACA